AUAGUGAGGCAUGCAAGAUCGGUUUUGAUGCACAGGAGUCUAUCACCUUCUUGGUAGAAAAGCUUGAGAUUGAUCAUAGAGAAGUUAUCAGUUCAUGGAUGAUUCUGGAUCCCAAGAUUGGUGGGUGGUUGAUGAACUCAGAUCAUCCUCCCAUUACAUUCCAGCAGACUGCAAUUGCUCUCAAGGUUUCUCUUCCUGAGGCAGGGAUUGGCCAGCAACCUGAGGAAGAGAUCUUUAAAGAUAUGGAAGCACUGAGCCUUGUAGGUGCUGCUCUCCAUACCCGUCUCGUUCAACUCAGUCUGUGGACUAUCUUCCUGCACCUUGAGAUGAGGAUCACACCAAUUCUAGCUGUCAUGGAGCUGAGGGACAUCAGGGUGGACAGGGCCAUCCUCAAGCAAACAGGACAGAAGCUCAUGCUCAAGAUUGAGGAAGUAGAGCAACGAUGUCACCAGGUUUCUGGCUCAGUGUUUAAUGUUGCUUCUCAUGUCCAGUUACGUUCUGUGCUCUACCAAGAGCUGAAGCUAGACCUCAAGACAGGAAUAGCUAUCCCUCGCACUACCAAGGGACAAAAAAGCACUUGUGAGGCAGCUCUUGGCCGCUUAAAAGAUCUCCACCCAUUGCCUGGUCUCGUGCUUCAACACCGCCUUCUCAAUAAACUCAAGACAACUUAUGUGGAUGGGAUUCUUGCCUGUCUACAUGGUUCUUGUGUACGGGCUGCCUGGGAGCAGACGGCGGCCUCCACAGGACGCAUCCAGUGCCACCACCCCAACCUGCAAAAUAUACCCAAGCAACCUGUCACAGUAGAAGUUGAUGGCAGUGAAAUGGUUGUAAGGGCACGGAAAUGCUUCUGCAGUCGGGAAGGACAUUUGUUGGUGUCAGCUGACUUCCAACAGACUGAAUUAAGAGUGCUUGCUCAUCUCUCACAGGAUGCCGAGUUAUUGGCAGGAUUCAGGCAGCCCAAUAACACAGAUAUCUUCAAGCAACUCACAGCUUCAUGGCUUGACAAGGCGGCAAGUGAUGUGACCAGCUAUGAGCGGGAGCAAACUAAACGAGUGGUAUAUGGUGUUAUGUAUGGAGCUGGGAGAGAGAAGCUGUCAGAAGUCCUGCAUAUCACAUCAGCAGAAGCCAGUGAUAUUAUUUCCUCUUUUACAAAACGUUUCCCCAGCAUUCCGGCAUACAUAAAGUCUGUGAUAAAAGUGUGUCGGCAACAAGGCUUCCUUACUACCAUAUUCAGGCGACGUCGCUUCUUUCCGAACAUCACCUCCCAUGAUACAGCAGUUCAGUCUCAGGCAGAAAGGCAGGCUGUAAAUUUCAUCAUACAGGGAUCUGCAGCAGAUCUUAGUAAGGCAGCUAUGGUUCAGACAGAGGCAGCACUGGCUCGCUGGCCAGACAUAGAUGCUAAACUCUUGAUGCACAUUCAUGAUGAGCUAGUGUGGGAAGUGCACACUGACCACACUCAGAAUUUUUGUGAUAUGAUUGGGCGCAUCAUGGAGGACACACAGCAACUAUGUGGAUCACUUGUCCACCUGACAGUUCCAUUACCUGUUACAGUAAGCACAGGUACCAACUGGGCUGAUAUGCAACCCCUUAAUUGCAGCUGAAGUGAGUCACCCUGAAGUACCUUCAUCAUAUUGCCUUUCAUGAAAGAGGAUUUUUCUUUUGUAUUUGAGAUGAGGGAAAUUUCAGUAGACCUAUUUCGAGAAAUAAGUUUGCUCUUGAAUUUUACUUCAUUGAUUUUGAUAAUGACAGCAUCUCUAUGAUUAUUUUUCUCAAAUAUUUAUUUAUGGAUAUAUUUGUAUUUUUAUUCCCCUUAGCAGAUUAAUUGAGACUUUAGUUCACAAUAGCUAUUUACUAAUCAUUGUUAUCGGGCUGGCAUAUUAUACACAAACUGCUCAAAGUUGGCCUCUGUAGUUUAUAUUUACAUGCAUAUCAUAGAGAGUAAAGAGUGCUGGUCUAUAACUGUCACAGACAGUCAUAGACCGUUUGAGUUUGGAGCUCAUGAUGUCACUAUAGGCCUAGUUCAUGCAGAAUUUAAUCAAAUGUCAGGUAUUGUGUUUUAAAUAGCCUCCUUUAACUAAUGGUCCAAUAAGAAAUUGGUUUACCAUUAGUUUGCUUGAUUCAUGCUAAAACACUUAAAUUACAUCAAGUAUGAUCUGCAAUUUAAAUUCUGUCAAUAGCCAUGAUGUCACAUCUCAUAUUUUUGUACAGAAAACUGUUAUCACUGUGACAAAGCACACAGCAACUGAUUGCUUAGGGUUUUAUUCUACAAGAAGUUAUGAUAAUUCCUUCAGUAUCCUUCACUGUGUGAAUGAUAGGUAAUUAUAGCUAAUUUUGCCAGUGAUCAACUGAAUUUUUUUUUAUAAUGCUUAAAAUAAGAAAUCCUUUUAUAGUAACUUUUUUUCAGUAUUUUUACCUACAAAAAUACAUUCUUUGUCAUCAGCUACAAUAUUUUGUUGAACAAAUAUUUUCUUUGAAUUGUUUCAAUGAUUGCAGCACAGUAGUAGUUCUUGUUGAUGUUACCAAGCUGCAAUUUCUAGUUUCAUACUUCCAUUUAUGGGCCCCUCAGUUAUAUAUUAUUUGAUUUCCUGCUUUUAGCCUUUUUAUCCAAUUUCUUAUCCAUUUUUCUUAGUCCAUUCAUAUUUAUUGUGUUUCUUCUUUUAUUGAUGUUCAUGUUAAUCUUAUCAAUACUAUUCUAGGUAUUGACCUUUCCACAUUUCAUUUCCAUGUUUUAACUUAGUCAACAUUACUUUAAUUGCCUUAUUACACAACAAUACUUCAUAGCUAUUGACUGCAUUUUUUUUCUCUCUCUCUGCAGAAGCAUUAGUUUCAAUAUGACGAUUAUGUAGAACAUAUACAUAGAGGUAAUCACACAAAUAGUAUUUAUUGACUAUAGUUAUUUGUUAUGGCCAUAGUUGUCAAAAUAUAUUUUCCAGCUAUCAUUUUGUGAGGUGGUGAGUUGCUAUAGUCUGCAGCUUUAUCACAAACUUGAGGAAACUUCUUAAUAAUAAUAAAUGAAAAUAGAAA